CCGAUGUGCCACCGAAGGACGUCGCACGCAGUGAAUGUGCGUGAACGACUGUGUGAUAAUUAUAUCAGCAAAAUUCGGAUUAAAUAAACUGUGUUAUAAGUGAUAUAUGUAGGCCUAUUGAACAUUACUCCUACUGCCAUGCGGAUCUGUGGAUGCGACAUCAAACUUCGAGUGACUUGUGUAUUUUUGCUUUACGUUGUUGCCAAUAACCCGCGUUGUGAAGCUGAUCGCUUGAAAGUGACGCUACUAGUUCCAUCAGUGGCGCUGGGCCGGUCAGCACUUCUCAAUUGCUCGUUUGAACCUGUUAACGCUCGCCAGGAACCAGAAACGAUAUCGCGGGUACGUUGGUUCCAUGACAGUGAAGAAGUCUUCCGAUUUAAUCGACUUGCAAAUGAAAAGCUCGUCUUUGACCGACCCGGAGUUUUCGUAGAUGUGCACUCGUCGUAUGACGGGGUCCUGCGGCUCAAACGAACAUCUCCAAAAAGCGAAGCUGUUUACGCUUGCGAAUUGACAACUUCACGUUUCCGUGUGGGAAGCGCCUCAGCUCCGUUAAUGCUAUACGUGCUUCCACGAGAUGAGCCCCAGUUAAUAGGCGUAAAAGCUCGUUAUUAUCGUGGCGAAGGCUUCAAUGCAACCUGUGGACUUACAGCGAAACCGUUGCCCGAUUUAAUUUGGACCGUCAAUGGACAACAGCCUCCAGUCAAUGCCAUUGUUACCGAACAGGCGGAGCAACAUAACGGCUUGAGUACGGUAUUCUCUCGGCUUACGUUCAAUACGUCAACUCUUCCGGAGGACCUGCUGGAGCUAAAAGUGGCUUGCAGAGCCGACGUGCUUGACGUGUAUCAGAGAACAGCUGAAAGAAGGGUCGUGUUCUUACACCAUCUCUUGGCAGCAACCGCUACUAAUGGAAUCGCCGACGGCUUGUCACCAGAAACGGAGACGGGGCCAGUUAUCUACGGUGGCAGAUCGCAUUAUCACAUCGGUGACGUGUUGAAUGUGACGUGCGUGUUCGCAGGCCCAGAAAGCGUUUCCCUACGAUGGUUGCUCAAUGAGCAUCGCGUACCCAAACAAAGCCUGUUACAUUUUCUCGAGGAGCAGACUAGCUCAGGAGUAGUCCGCACAGCGUUGGGGAUUCGGUUUCGCGUGAAGUCCAGCCACUUUGACAAGGGUCGCCUCACCAUCCGCUGCGAGGCAAUGGUUGGCAAUGGGCUAUCAGCUGCUAUCCGUCAAACAACGACUGUCAACAGAACUAAACCGUCACCCCCAACAACGGCGACGCCGUACUCACCGUUUUUAAACUCAUUGUUCUAACAAUUAACUCGAUCAGUGCUCGAUUGACGUUUAUUUUCUUGAGAAAUAAAGAGCCGUUAAUUCAUCUUCAUCUUGUGUAGCCGCCAUAUACGGUCCCAUGUACUAUAUCAUUGUAUAACAACUACAAUUAGUAAAAUGCA